AUGACAAGUUAUACAAGCGUAAAAAUGAAACAUUAUGAUAAUAAACCUUAUUUACUUUUUAGUAUUCCAUCAGUUCCAUCAACAUCAAUAUCAAAUUCACAUCAACGUUCAUUUCUUCAUAGUACAUUUGUUAAAAAAGCAGUUCAUGCAUUUAAAGGUGGAACAGAAACUACAAGUGAACGUCGUGCAAUGAAAGUUCUUGGAAUUGUUUUCUUUGUUUUUCUUGUUGCUUGGCUUCCAUUUUCAAUAUUAAACAUACUUUCAGCUGUUUGUUCAUCAUGUGCUAUAAAAGCAUCAUUAUUAAAUUUAACUAGUUGGCUUGGUUAUAUAUCAUCAAAUUUAAAUCCAAUCAUUUAUACAGCAUUUAAUGUUCGAUUUCGUCGUGCUUUUUUAUCUAUAUUAACAUGCCAAACGAAUUAUUUUUCACAUAAACGUAAAGGAAAUAAUUUAUAUAUAUUUGUUGCUAAUAAUAAUCAUCAACAAACACCUACUGAUCAUGAACAAUAUUUUUUUCCUUCACGUCGCUUUCUUAAUGAACAUUCUGCUGGUAAAUCAACGUUAGUUGCACGAUUUAAAAAUUUGGUUGAUUUACAAUUGAAUACGAAAGCAUCUUAUAUUGAAAAUAUUGUUAAUGAACCAACAUUUCUUUAUCAAGUAGAAACAAUUUAUCCAUGUUUCGUUCCAAUAGCACUUAAUCUAUGGGAUUUAAGUUAA